UUCAGGAGACAGGACAAGGGCUCGUUAACCGGCCACCUGUCACCCGCCAGCCGGCUGCAGGGCUGGCCUCUGGGCGGUCAGCCCCGCCCUGUCCUGGCGCAGGCUGGUGCCUCAGGCCCAGGUGACGGAGCCCACAGCCACCGAAGUGCAGCUGUCACUCAGGGCCGGGUGGGGGCCCUGCUGGCGACCUGACGGCCUGGGAUCCGAGGUGUCUCGUGCAGCCCCUCGAGGACCAGCCCGGGGUGCCCCCAAUGGCCCACGAGAGGGGCUGGGUGGGCACAGAUGGUGGUGGGUUGGAGAGGCCCAGGAAUGCGUGGCCAUGGGGCCAGCGGGGAGGCUCAGCAGGGAAGUUGGGCUCCCCCUUCGGGGCGGGGACGGGCCCCUGAGCCCGGAGUCCUGGUUCUGAUGGGGAAACUGAGGCAGAGGCGGGGGGCUGCCGGGAGGGGCCACGGGCCACCCACGUCCUCUCUCCCGCCUGCCGGGAUGCCCACGCACAGGGCUGGGGCACCUGCCCCCACCGCCCCCACCCGCCCCCUGCAGACGCGACCCCACAUUCCACACACGCCUGUCGCUUUAAGCCGCCUGGCUGUCCCCUGCAAACUGCCUGUUCCACAUUCUCGGGUGGUGGGUGUGGGGUGCGGCACGCCCUCUCGGAGGCCUAUAAGGCGCAGGGCGGGACGGGGGGCCCCACCACCGCGUCCUCAUGGCCCCGCUGCUCCUGGGGCUCCUGGGGCUCCUGGGGCUCUGGGUGCUGCUCCGCGCCCACGCCCGUGCCCGUGCCCCCUGCCCGGUCCCACGCUGGCCCCCAGGGCCGCGCCCGCUGCCCCUCAUUGGGAACCUGCAUCUGCUGCGGGUGUCCCAGCAGGAGCGCUCGCUGAUGGAGCUCUCAGAACAGUACGGGCCGGUGUUCACCGUCCACUUGGGAGGCCAGAAGACGGUGGUGCUGACGGGCUACGAGGCGGUCCGGGAGGCCCUGGUGGGCACGGGGCAGGAGCUGGCCGACCGGCCCCCCAUCCCCAUCUUCCAGCUCAUCCAGGGGGGCAGGGGCAUCUUCUUCUCCUCGGGGCCUCGCUGGAAAGCCGCGCGCCAGCUCGCCGUGCGCACCCUCCACGGCCUGGGCGCGGGGCGGGGGCCCGGGGCCGACCAGGUCCUGCGGGAGCUGCGGUGCCUCCUGGGGCAGCUGGACCAGUACGGAGGCCGGCCCUUCCCGCUGGCCCUGCUGGGCUGGGCUCCCUCCAACGUCACCUUCACGCUCCUCUUCGGGCAGCGGUUUGACUACCGAGACCCCGUGUUCGUGUCCCUGCUGGGCCUCAUCGACGACGUCAUGGUCCUGCUGGGGACGCCGGGCCUGCAGCUGUUCAACAUCUACCCCCGGCUGGGGGCCCUCCUCCAGCUGCACCGGCCGGUCCUGAGGAAGAUCGACGAGGUGCGGGCCAUCCUGAGGGCCCUCCUCGAGGCGCGGCCGCCUGGGGGAGGCCCCGUGCACAGCUACGUGGACGCCCUGAGGCAGCAAGGCCAGGGGACAGACCCCGAUGGCUUGUUCUCGGAGGCGAAUGUGGUAGCCUGCGUCCUGGACAUGGUCAUGGCCGGCACCGAGACCACCUCGGCCACACUGCAGUGGGCAGCCCUCCUGAUGGGCAGGCACCCGAGCGUGCAGGACCGGGUGCAGGAAGAGCUGGACCGGGUGCUGGGGCCCGGGCGGCCACCCCGGCCCGAGGACCAGCGGGCACUGCCCUACACCAACGCUGUGCUACACGAGGUGCAGAGGUUCAUCACCCUCCUGCCCCACGUGCCCCGCUGCACGGCCGGCACCACGCGGCUGGGCGGCUACCUGCUCCCCAAGGGCACGCCCGUGGUCCCCUUGCUGAGCUCCGUCCUCCUGGACAAGACGCAGUGGGAGACGCCCGGCCAGUUCAACCCGGGGCACUUCCUGGACGCCGAGGGGCACUUCGUGAAGCGGGAGGCCUUCCUGCCCUUCUCCGCGGGCCGCCGCGUCUGCCUCGGGGAGAGCCUGGCCCGGACAGAGCUGUUCCUGCUCUUCGCCGGCCUCCUCCAGAGCUUCCGCCUGCAGCCCCCGCCCGGCCUCGGCCCUGCCGGCCUGCGCACUGUGCCCGCGCCCGCCUUCACCAUGCGGCCGCCGGCCCAAGUCCUGUGUGCCGUGCCCAGGCCCCAGGGCACUGACCGAGGAGGCCUGGCCUGAGCUCUGGGCCCGGGAGGGUUGGGUCACUGGCCUGGCGGCGGCCUGGACAGACAGUCCUCACCAGCCCUUCGCUCACCACAGCCCCGUCCGGCAGUGUGCCCGGGCCGGCAGCUGUCCCUUCCCCCGCAUGGGCCAUGGAGGCAGGCCAUCCUCCAGGCCCCGCACCCCAACACUGGCUCUUGUCCCUCCUCUCCAGGAGCAGCCAGGGCCCCACCUCUUUUCAUCUGCCCCUCCCCCGGCCCGGGGUUCAGCCGCUGCCCUGCACCAGGACCCCCACCAGCCCCUCCCGCGCCCGUGCCCAUUGGUGCAGCCUCUCCUCCAAGUCCGUCUGACCCAUGAAACCUGCACCCCCCCGCCCUGGGCCCGAUUCUGAGACAUCUCCCCCAUCUCCCCGUGCAGACAGGCUGCCGAGGGUGCAGCCAGGCCCCAAACUAGGCAGUGUGGGGGCACCCUCCUCCCGUGGGGACAAGUUAAUAAAAACCAAGAGUGAGCCUG